UCCCAUCGCAAAACGCACUUCAUUUCGUCUCUAUUGCAAAACUUUCAGACCAUUUUUAUCUCUCUUUUGCUCGAUCUUUCUUCUUUGAUUUCCCAGAGAAAACAAGAGAAUAUGGCAGCAGAGCUUCUUCUUACGUUUACCAUGGAGGAGACUUUGACAAGGGUCGGUUCCAUAGCUGCUGAAGGGAUCAGACUUGCUUGGGGAUUGGAGGGACAGCUGCGAAAGCUCAAGCAGUCCUUGAUCAUGAUCAGAGAUGUGCUCCAAGAUGCAGCAAGAAGGUCAGUCACAGACGAUUCUGUGAAGGGUUGGCUGGAGAAACUACAAGAUGUAGCUUACGAUGCUGAAGAUGUUCUAGACGAGUUUGCUUAUGAGAUUCUCCGAAAAGACCAAAAGAAGGGAAAGGUACGUGACUGCUUUUCACUCCACAACCCUGUCGCAUUCCGUCUGAAUAUGGGUCAAAAAGUUAAGGAGAUCAAUGGAGCACUGGAUGAAAUUCGAAAAGAUGCAGCUGUAUUUCAAUUGACAUCUCUACAUGUAGAUAGAGCUCAAGAAGUUAGCUGGGAUCAAGAUCGACAGACAGAUUCCUUCCUUGACAGCUCAGAAAUUGUAGGAAGGGAGGAUGAUGUUUCUAUAGUUAUGGAUAUGCUGACUAGCUUGACCAAACACCAACAUGUCCUUUCGGUUGUCCCUAUAGUGGGGAUGGCUGGCCUUGGAAAGACUACUUUAGCAAAAAAAGUUUGUGCAGUAGUGAGGGAGAGAAAACACUUUGAUUUAACAAUUUGGGUUUGUGUUUCUAAUGAUUUUAAUCAAGUGAAGAUUUUAGGAGCAAUGUUGCAAAUGAUUGACAAAACUACGGGUGGGUUGAACAGUCUUGAUGCAAUUCUUCAAAACCUUAUGAAAGAGCUGGAAAAUAAGACAUUUUUUCUUGUUCUUGAUGACGUGUGGAAUGAAGACCAUGGUAAGUGGGAUGAUUUGAAGGAGCGACUGUUAAAAAUUAACAGCAAGAAUGGGAAUGCUGUUGUUGUUACAACCCGCAGUAAGAAAGUAGCAGGCAUGAUGGAGACUUCUCCUGGGAUUCAGCACGAGCCAGGGAGACUAUCCGCUGAUCAAUGUUGGUCCAUUAUCAAGCAAAAGGUGAGCAGGGGUGGACAAGAAACAAUACCUUCAGACUUGGAGUCUAUUGGAAAACAGAUUGCAAAGAAAUGUGGAGGGAUUCCAAUACUUGCUAAAGUUUUGGGAGGAACACUGCGCCAAAAGGAGACGCAGGAAUGGAAGUCAAUUCUAAACAGUAGAAUUUGGGAUUCUCCGGAUGGAGAUAAAGCUUUGCGAGUAUUGAGAUUAAGUUUUGAUUACCUGUCAUCGCCAACACUGAAAAAAUGUUUUGCAUACUGUUCCAUUUUCCCUAAAGAUUUUGAAAUUGAAAGGGAAGAGCUGGUUCAACUUUGGAUGGCUGAAGGUUUUCUCAGGCCAUCAAAUGGGAGGAUGGAAGACGAAGGCAACAAGUAUUUCAAUGACUUGCUUGCAAAUUCCUUUUUCCAAGAUGUUGACAGGAAUGAGUGUGAGAUCGUAACAAGUUGCAAGAUGCAUGAUCUUGUGCAUGAUCUUGCAUUACAGGUCUCAAAAUCAGAAGCGUUAAAUCUGGAGGAGGAUUCGGCUGUUGAUGGUGCAUCUCAUAUUCGUCAUCUAAAUCUCAUAUCUCGUGGGGAUGAUGAGGCAGCAUUAACAGCGGUUGAUUCUAGAAAAUUGCGUACUGUUUUCUCAAUGGUUGAUGUAUUCAAUCGGUCUUGGAAAUUCAAAAGCUUGAGAACUCUCAAAUUGCAGGAAUCUGAUAUCACAGAGUUACCAGAUUCAAUUUGCAAGCUGAGACAUUUGAGAUAUCUUGAUGUUUCGGAUACUGCUAUCAGAGAAUUGCCAGAAUCCAUCACCAAGCUCUACCAUUUGGAAACAUUAAGAUUCACUGAUUGCAACUCACUAGAAAAGCUUCCCCAGAAAAUGAGAAAUUUAGUGAGCUUGAGACAUCUUCAUUUUAAUGAUCUAAACAUGGUGCCAGCUGAGGUGAGACUCUUAACACGCCUUCAAACUCUGCCUUUUUUUGUUGUGGGUCCAAAUCAUAAAAUUGAAGAGCUGGGAUGUUUGAAUGAACUAAGAGGAGCAUUGAAGAUAUCCAAGCUUGAACAAGUUAGAGACAGAGAAGAAGCUGAAAAGGCAAAAUUGCGUGAAAAAAGAAUGAACAAAUUGGUGCUUAAAUGGAGUGAUGAUGAAGGUAACAACAGUGUUAACAGUGAGGAUGCGUUGGAAGGCCUGCAACCUCACCCAGACAUAAAAAGCUUGAAAAUUAAGGGUUACGGUGGUGAAUAUUUCCCAUCAUGGAUGUCUGCAUUGCCGCUCAAUAAUCUGACGAUGCUAAGAUUGAAAGACUGCAGCAAGUGCGGACAACUCCCAACACUUGGAUGUCUUCCUCGCCUUAAGAUUGUAGAGAUAAGUGCAAUGCCUAAUGUGAAAUGUAUAGGCAAGGAGUUCUAUAGUAGCAGCAUUGGCAGUGCAGCAGAACUGUUUCCAGCACUAGAAGAACUCACUUUGCAGGGUAUGGAUGGUCUUGAAGAAUGGAUGGUACCAGGUGGAGAAGUUGUUGCAGUAUUUCCUCGUCUUGAAAAGUUGAGCAUUAGGCAGUGUGGAAAGUUGGAAAGCAUUCCGAGAUGUCGUCUUUCAUCUCUUGUAGAGUUUGAAAUUCACGGAUGUGAUGAGCUGAGAUAUUUUUCUGGUGAGUUUGAUGGCUUCAAGUCUCUUCAGAUUUUAAGGAUAUUGGAGUGUCCAAUGCUGGCAUCCAUUCCAAGCGUACAACACUGCACAGCUCUGGUGCAAUUGCGUAUACACGACUGCCGUGAGUUGAACUCAAUUCCUGGUGAUGUCCGAGAAUUGAAAUAUUCUUUGAAGAAAUUGAUGGUUGAUGGGUGUAAAUUGGGAGCUCUUCCAAGCGGACUACAAUGUUGCGCAUCUCUAGAGGAAUUAAGAGUAAUGGAUUGUAGUGAGCUUAUCCAUAUCAGUGAUUUACAAGAAUUGUCUUCGCUACGAAGUUUAGGGAUUAUACGUUGUGAUAAGCUCAUCAGUAUUGAUUGGCAUGGUUUACGACAAUUGUCUUCUCUUGUUUAUUUACAAAUCAUCACGUGUCCCAGUUUGAGAGAGAUCCCAGAGGAUGAUUGCUUAGGCGGCCUCACCCAACUGGAGCUACUGGGCAUCGGUGGUUUCUCAAAGGAGAUGGAGGCUUUUCCUGCAGGAGUUUUAAACUCAUUCCAACACCUCAACUUGAGUGGGUCCCUCAAAUACCUAAAUAUAUAUGGAUGGGAUAAACUGAAGAGUGUACCCCACCAACUUCAACACCUCACUGCCCUCGAGACAUUGCAUAUAGGUAAUUUCAAUGGAGAGGAGUUUGAGGAAGCAUUGCCAGAAUGGUUGGCCAACCUUUCUUCUCUUCAAUUUCUUGUGAUUUAUAACUGCAAGAAUCUCAAGUAUCUGCCAAGUUCAACAGCCAUCCUCUCCAAAUUAAAGACAUUGUAUAUUAGGGAAUGUCGACAUCUAUCAGAAAAUUGUAGAAAGGAGAAUGGCUCUGAGUGGCCCAAGAUUUCUCAUAUCCCAGAAAUCUAUAUAAGAUAGAGGGUACACGUGUACAGGUAAGUUGGGGCUUAAAUUAUUCCGUUACUUUGUAGUAUGGAGAGGAGAGAGAACCAAUUAAAGAAUUCAAAAUAAUGAAAGCAAUAAUUAGACUUUCAUUCUUUUAAGAAUGGUUUAUUUCUCAUAUCCCAGCAUUCUUUAGAGUAAUAUCUUAUUAUCUUUUUUUAUUAUGUUAACAAAAUGUAUAUUUAAAAAUUAUAACCAUGAAAUCAAUAAUUUAAAUUAGACUUUUACUUUUUUGAAAAAUUGCGUAAUCAUUUCAUUUAAUAACAACCAAUAAGAUUAUUACUACUGAGAUUACUAACCAACCACUUAACCUAAAUUUGAUUCCGUGGACUGAAUAAAUAUAAAAUCAAUAGCCAUCCAGCAUUCUUUCAAUCAUUACUCUUUGGAUUGAGAAUUGCAAGAAUCUCAAGUAUAUGCCAAGUUCAACAGCCAUUCAACGCCUCUCCAAAUUAAAGACAUUGCAGAUUUGGGGGGGAUGUCCACAUCUAUCAGAAAAUUGUAGAAAGGAGAAUGGCUCUGAGUGGCCCAAGAUUUCUCAUAUCCCAACAAUCCAUAUAGAUUAGAGGGUACACGUGUACAGGUAAGUUGGUAUUUAAAUUAUUCUGUUACUUUGUAGUAUGCAGAGAGGAGAGAGAACCAAUUAGAGAAUUCAAAAUAAUGAAAGCAAUAAUUAGACUUCAUUCUUUUUAAAAUGGUUUAUUUCUCAUAUCCCAACAUUCUUUAGACAUAUUAUCUAAAUUAACCAUCAAUCAUAAUAUCUAAUUAUCUUUUUAUUAUGAUGUUAAGAUCAAUCAUAAUAUCAAUAACCAGUUAUUGUAAUAUUAAUAAUGGCAUGUGAUAGUCUACGAAUGUUUAUAGGAGGGACACUAUGACAUGCCAUUAUUAAUUAGCUAGCUUUUACUAUGUAUCAAAAUAUAUACUUAUCAAUGAUAAAAUCAAUAGCCAUCCAGCAUUCUUUCAAUCAUUACUAUUUACGAUAGUAAAAAUAUUUGCUUUUACUAUAUUAAAAAUAUUUGCUUUAUUUAUUUUAAUAUCAUCAACUUUAUUUACGAUUAUGAUACUUUAAACAAACCACUGAAUCUAAAGUUUAACCAAUUAGUAAAACUCACAUUUAAAUAAGAUUAUUAGUGAGAUUACAAACCAAUCACUUUUUAGUAGCAAAUACAAUUAAAGGCAAACUUGGCUCCAGUUUAUAUAUCAUGCAUGCCUUCCUUCCUUCCUGCAUUACUUGAAUAUGAAUAGCACUCAUGUUGUGAAUAUUGUAGAAACCAUGUUUUUAAUAUCAUCCUGCAUUUUGCAGUUUAUCGUCGUUUUUCUUUUCUACACUAACAAGAAGCCGGCUAUUUAAACUAUUGUAUAUGCAGUGGAACCCCCAAUACUGAAGGAAGUCAUGGAAUGGUUAUUCAAAGCUUUUGCAGAAUAGUGUUUGCCAGUCUGGAUGGUGGAUAAACGUGUGAAUUCACCAAGAUGGAAGAAUUUUUAUCUGAGCACAUAUGGAUGCGAAUUUUUAUCUGUAUGCAGUGCAACUUCUAUUAUUUUAUAUUAGAUCUUGUUUCUUAACAUUUAAGAAUUCUAUUUUUAUGAGUUUAUUCAUGCUGAUAAAUGUUUUUCAAAGCUGAAUUUUCCAAAUGUAGACUGGCCAUUGUUCUUGAUGGAUAGAUGGUUAUGCUGAUGUACUGCAAAUUCCUGAAGAUUUAUUCUACCUUCUGCCUUGUAAUUCUUCCUUC